GCCAGGCCGUGGAGCUGGAUGGAGGCGGCGGGGUUCGCUGGAGGGCUGUGUGGGACCGUGCCUGGCCUGGUACCCCCCUGGCCGGGCGGUGGCGUGGGGCGGCCUGAGCUUCCCGGCGUGUUCUGGAGAAACCAAAAGUAGUUCUGGAAACAAAGAGUUUUCCUGGUGUAUGAUAAGUGAGAAGGAAGCAGUGUGAGGCAAGCCAGCAGAUCGGGAAGGAAAAACCCAGCUUAGGAUGAUGGGAAAGCAAGGCUUUGGGUAGCAAUAGGGAGUGGGGAGCAGGUGAAGAAGCAGCACUGUGUUUAUUACCAGUAGGUGAUCCUGAAAAUAUCGUUGCUGUAAGUGAUAAGAACAGAAAUGUUCUGGUAUAUUGUCACAGAAUCAAAGGCUGCUCCAGAAGAAUAGCUCUGGCACUUGGGAGUUUGUAGCCUUUGCCUUUCUUUCAAAUGUUCUUAGCCUGGCAAGGGUUAAAGGAGGUCUCCAGCCUCAGCUUGGGCUAUAUAGAUUCCUUUAGCGAUUAUGAAGUGAAGAGCAGAUCCCUCAGCCCACUGGUUUGCAUCGUUUAGGAGCUAAAGGUUUUUGACUUUAAGGCUGCAGUUGGAAGAGAUUAAGCAAGCUUUGUGUUUGAGUCUGGUGAUACUCUCAGAGUGAUGAUGUGAUGAAGAGUUUUGGGGACAAUUUGGUGUUUUAUCUCUGAGUGUAGGAAUUGGGACUGGCUGUUCUGAAAUGGAUGGUUUAGCAAGACUUACUGAUCAUUCCCCCAUGUAAUAGAUGCUCAAGCUGAAGUGCUGCCUCUGCGAUCGUUUAAGAGCUUCUAUCUUCUCUCACUAUUCCUGCUGCGUUAGCUUGAGGAAGGUCCUCCUGUCUAUGUGUGCCCACUCUUCCUUAGGAGAUGUCCAAUGUUUCCAGUUACGCCCUUCGAAUGGCCCGGCUGAGUGCUCAGAUAUUCGGAGAAGUUGUCAGGCCUACUGACUCAAAAUCUAUGAAAGUAGUAAAGUUAUUCAGUGAGCAGCCUCUGGCCAAGAGAAAGGAGGUCUAUGACUGGUAUCCUCCUCACAACACCUACUACGCCCUCAUGAAGAAACUCCGUUACUUUGGCCUCUACAGGGAUGAGCAUCAGGACUUUAAGGAGGAGAUGAGGAGAUUGAAAAAGCUCCGUGGGAAGGAAAAACCAAAGAAGGGAGAAGGAAAGAGAGCUCUCAAGAAGAAAUAAUGCCACUGGGACAAUACAGUGAAUUACUCUGUAAAUGCUGGAGAACAGAGGGCUUGGCAUAAGAGCCGCAUGUGGGACAAGAGAAACAAACUGUGAAAUACUGGAGUCCACCUCAGGAGUACACUUGGGUCUUUGGAUUUAUAGGUUUUGAAUUUCUGUAGUUUAAAUAUACUGUAUAUGGUAACAUGUUGGUUUGUCAGAGCCCUCUCUUACUCAAGUAUUAAAAACAAUAAUAAAAAGAUAA